UUUGACUGACUAUACAUCUCUCAGAUCUGAUCAGAGCAUACAAGUAGCUUCAAUUCUUUGAUCACCUUCUCAAAUUUCAUCUAAUCUCUUUUAUUCCAAAUGUCAUCUUCACCAGAAACAAAGGAAAUGAAAAAAACAUCUGCAGCCAGCAGCAUAGAUUACAUCGAUGAGAAGACCAAACAAGUACUUCAAUUCAUAGAAGAAGUUACAACGAAAGCCGAUGAAAUCCAGAAUCAAGUCCUCGCAGAAAUUUUAUCCUGCAAUUCACAAGCCGAGUACUUACAAAGACAUGGUUUGAACGGAUGUACUGAUCCUGACACGUUCAAGAAAGUCGUGCCAGUUACUAGUUACGAAAACCUUAAACCGGACAUCGACCGUCUCGUUGCUAAUGGUAACAAUUCACCCGUUCUCUGCGCACAGCGCAUUUCGCAGUUCAUGCUCAGCUCAGGAACUUCAUCUGGAGCGAUGAAACUGAUACCGUCAACAGAAGAGCAAGCUGAAAGAUCAUGGUACUUAUGGAGCCUAAUUCCGCCGGUCGUAAAUCAGCAUAUUCCUGGUUUAAACGAAGGGAAAGCGAUGCAGCUAUUUUUUGUGGUUGCGCAUAUUACUACACCAGGUGGAAUAGUGGCCAGCCCGGUUUCUACAAGCUUCAACAAAAGCUCCAAAUUCAAAAACCUGUUCACUAACAUUGAUCCAUACCGGAACUACACUAGCCCUCUGGAGACGAUACAUUGCGAGGAUUCUCAUCAGAGUAUGUAUUCUCAGUUACUUUGUGGGUUGUACCAAAACGAACAAGUUCUUCGGCUAGGAUGCUCUUUCGGUACUGGUUUCAUUCAAGCCAUUAAGUUUUUACAAGAACACUGGAGACAUUUUUGUGACGACAUCCGAAAUGGAACUAUAGAAGUAGACCACGCCAAAAUCACAGACCCAUCGGUCAGAAAUGCGGUCAUGAGAGUACUAGUAAAACCGAACCCUGAACUCGCCGAUUUCAUUGAGGAUGAGUGCAGCAGAGACGAAUCGUGGAAAGGCAUCGUGUCGAGGUUAUGGCCUAACGCCAAGUGUGUGGAUACGGUCGUCUCUGGGACCAUGUCGCAUCAUAUUUCUACAAUCGAAUUUUAUACUAAUGGACUGCCAAUUGUUAGUACUUUGUAUGCGUGUUCAGAGUGUUUCUUGGGCAUAAACCUUAAUCCUCCGAGUAAACCCCGCGAAGUUUGCUACACCCUCAUACCUACAAUGGCGUAUUUCGAGUUUCUCCCAAUGUUCGAGGAAGAGGAUCAUCGAAACCAGGAGAGGGAACAACGACGUCAAGAAUUAGUUAGUCUCGUCGAUGUUAAGCUUGGUCAAGAAUAUGAGCUUGUCAUCACCAAUUAUGCAGGACUUUAUCGGUAUAGAGUUGGAGAUGUACUACGCGUGGAGGGGUUCAAGAACAAUGCUCCUCAGUUCAGGUUCAUCCGCAGAAAUAAUGAAGUUCUGAGCAUUGAUCUUGAUAAGACAAAUGAAGUCGAGCUCCAAAAUGCAGUGACAAAUGCAGCUGAACAUCUCGCGGAUAAGUUAAAUGUAUCUCUCGUUGAAUACACGAGUUUUGCUGACACAUCAACUCAUCCAGGCCACUACGUAAUCUACUGGGAACUUCAGCGCAGCGAUAGCAAUGCCUCGGCUAUUCUGCUAGUGAUGGAGGAAUGUUGUCUCAUAAUGGAAGAAUCGCUUGGUGCGAAAUACCGCCAGUUACGUGCUGACAAGAACAUAAUAGGACCUCUAGAGAUAAAGAUAGUCGAGACAGGAACAUUCCAAACGCUGAUGGAUCAUGCAAGAGACAACGGUUCUUCAAUUGGUCAGUACAAGACACCUCGCAGCUUCAAAUCUGGUCCAGUCCUGAAGCUUCUAAACUCAAAGGUUCGCUCAAACUACUUCAGUCAACAAUGCCCACGUCCAUGAAUUCCUGCUGGCUCGUACGAAGUAGAAAUGAAUUCCUGCUGGUUCACAGGAAGUCGAAAUUGUAGGUUGCAAGCGCCUACGACUACUUCCAAAUUUUCCUUCAGAAGCUGGAUCAGAACUUUGGUGUCUUUGUUGCUCAGAUAUGUAUGUUGCAGUGAAAUUACCCGAUUAUGUCUUUGAAAGUAAGCUUCAAAUUACAAUUCAAAUAAUAAAUCUUGUAAAUGAUGUCAAGUUUCUGUUCCUCGGUAGAAACCACAACUAAACGUUGAUUAGGAAGGUACAAAUUCUUUAAAAAAAAAUUUAAGCUGUUUAUUAUCUUUAA